UCCCAGUGAGAGUUCGUGAUGAGGUGUCAACUGUAAAUGUGUGGUCGUUAAAUGAUGUGCAGUCAGACUGAUAAGUAACAUUAAUUUAUAAAUCAGUUCUGAGAGAAAUUUUUGCUGAGCUUUGUGCAGGAUACUCUUAAAAAAUACAUGAACCAGAAUUUUAUAUUAUAUGUACAAUGUCAGAUGUACUCCAGACUUCACACAUAUGUUGAUGUUUAUACAUAUGUGGUGAUUAAUUUGUCAAGUGAAGAAAUUUUAGGAAUAAUGUUAGUUGGUGACAGAACAGAAGUACACAGUCAAGUACAGAAGUGGACAACACUGAGUUUAGGAUACAGAAAAAAUCCGGUGACUCUGGCGAAACAACAUACAUAGAAAGAUUAUACUAGUAAAAUGAAAACUUUUAGUGUAUGGAAUAGUUUGGAAUCAGGUUUACCAUUGACAGAAGAGACAGUAUUUACAGAUUGGUCUACACUUAUCCUUAUAAAUUCUUUGUUAUUCUGUUUUGCAGUACACACAAGCUGCCGCAACAGAUCCUUCGAUCGAUUUUGUAAUGUUUGAUACUUUUGGCGUCGCAGAAGACGUCUCAUGUGGAUUUAAUGUCGAUGACGUGGUGUCCGUCAUAACAGGACAUGUGAGACCAGGAUAUACCUUUAAAGACGGGGAACACAUUACAUCUGAUAAUGAAAGAUAUUACAUCACUGAACCAAGGAAAGAAGACCAGAUUCACUGUGUUGUCUUCUUAGUGAGUGCAUAUGAUGUGUACCAGGGAUUUCUCAGCAAGGCGUACAAAGAUAAAUUAAAGGAUUUGCAAAGGAAAGUUGAUGAUCUUGAAAUUCCAUUUCUCGUUGUACUGACUAAAUGUGAUUUGAUGCGUGGAGAUAUCACGGAGAUGUUUAGAAGACGGGAUAUUCAUGAUGCUACAGAAAAAGCAAGAAAAAUAUUCCAAGUUCAGGAAAAUGAUGUCUAUCCUUUGAAGAAUUACAACACAGAAAUUAUGUUAGAUCCAAUGGUUAAUAUACCAGUACUCCUUGCGUUAGAGCAAAUUCUUUAUCACGCUUAUGAUUAUCAAGACAGACAUGACAGAGUAAAUUAAGCAUAAUAUAGAGACAACCAUCAAACUAUUGCCGCAGUAAUCACGUCCAUCAAAAUUUUGUCGAAUACAUUUCUUAAAAAAAUUUACGUCUCCAGGUCAGAUAAAUCCGAAAAUCCAAGAUUAAAACAAUCUAGGCGGACAGCAGAAAGCAUACAAUACAAAUAUAGACAUCUAUAGAUUACAUGUAAAAGUGACAAUAUGUAAACUAUGUCACAUAAAAAACUAGGACUUUUUGCUUGGAGAAUAACUGUUUUAGUACAUUUUAGUAUAUGCUUUAACACUCGUAUGGAUAAAACUAGCUUUGCGAAUAUUCACUAUCAGAAGUUUUCUUGCCAUAUGCAAGGGUCACAGUGAUAGGUCAAAGGAAAAGGUUAUAGCAAAUAUGAAAAUACUAAAAAUAAGCAAUAUCUAUUGGAAGAAUUACAGCUAAAGUAAAAGUAAAAAGUCUUAGUCACAUUUUGUGUUGUGUUGUAUGAACUGAUAAUUAAGAUAUAGUCUUUCUAUCGGCUGCUUAUUUUAUAAGAAAACGUCCCCUACAUAACGUUUUACAGAACGUUUCUCCUUAGGAAUAUUUUCUAUUCAUCUUGCUUAUUUUUGUUUGCUUCAACAAAAUCAAAUACUAAUAGUUGUUCUUACUAUAGUUUAAUAAUAAUAAUCUAUUAUCAUAUAUUUAAAAUAGUCAUUUGUUUUAUGCUUGAACUGUCGUAGUAUUUCAUUGUCUUGUGUUGAAAGUAUGUUGUUAACUAUAUUAAUUUAUUGAUAAAUAAGCUAUGCGUUUGAAACCUUAUUAUAUUAUAGUUAUUUACUAUUACAAAGCAUUAUAAAGAAAUUGCUCGUUUCUUCUGAUGCCAAAAUAAAUUUCAGAUAAUAAACGCAAAUUACAUCGACGAUUUUUACGUAUCUCUAAUUAUUGGGAGGUCAAAUGGUAUUAUAGUUCAUAGAAUACGUUUUUGUUUAUUCUCUGAAUUAAUACAUGCAAGUUUGUAAAGCAUUUAAAUUACUCAUUUACUUAUGUUCUUUAAAUGGUAGAAGUAAUUUCUAAUAUUGAAUUCUUAAAAUCUUAGGGAAGGGAACGGUUGUUCGAAAAUAAUCUGUUUAAGAUUAACUUAUUUAGUAGUGGGACUGUCAUAAUAAGAAAUUUGAUCAUCUGAAGUAUUGGUGACAGGAGCGAAGCUGAACCGGAAUGAGAGCUAUCUUUCUUCUGUUAUCCUUGGUACUGUUGUGUGUAUCAUGGUGCUAUUUAUUCUCAUGUAGUAUUUUCAAAUUUCUGUACAUUUUGUUCAUGCAUGCAUUCCGAAAUAAGUGUAUCUACCUAAAUGAGCCACAGUAUUCAUUCAAGUUUCUUAGGAUAAGAGAGAAUGAUGCUCAUGUUAACUCUUAUUUCAGUCACGAUUCUAUUUGAUUAAAUUACUUGUCGUUCUUAUUUUAGUAAACGUUUCCUAGAUUUAUUUAUUACAAAGCUAACUUUGAACAAACGUUCUUGGACUUUUAUGUGUUCUAAGCAAAGUUUGUUGGUUUUUUUUUCUUAUUUAGUUCCGGCUAGCUAGCUAAAGUCGUUUCCGAGUUAGAACUUUAGAAUAUUAUAGCUUAUAUUUUCACUAGAAAUUUCUAUAAAUCAUUGUAAAUGUAAUAAUAUGCAUUAUCAUGCAAAUGCACAUGUCUUAUUCAUGCCUUAUUCACCAUUAUUUUGUAUUAAUAGAAUCCUGCAACUGAAACACUUUUGGAACAUUUAUUUUAAAUUCUACUACGACCCGACCCGAUUUGUUUUUUUCAAUAAUGAAAGAAUGUUAAAAGUGGACAAAAAGAGUUUCUUUGCGUCAUGGAAAUACUUAAAGUUAUGCUCUUUCUGGAAAAAUAUUUAAAACGGCCGGUAUUAUUAUACGUUGUUAAAUAUACAAACAUGUACAUGUGUUAUGUCGAAAAAAUGAUGAUCAAACACUUCGCCAAAUAUAUCUAUUUCCCCAAUUUGUUAAGAGAAAUAAAUUACUUAUGUUAAUUAUACUGAUAUCAUUUUGCUCUUGUAAAAUGCAUGACUUGUAUCUACUCUGUAAUUUGUAAUCUGUUAUUGCAUUUAAGC